AUGUCAAAAAAGAAGUCUACCUUAGGUAGACAAAAAAUACCUAUUGAAAAAAUACUGAAAAAAAGUCAUUUACAGGUUACUUUUUCUAAGCGCCGAUCAGGGUUAUUUAAAAAAGCCAGUGAACUUAGCACCCUAUGUGGAGUUGAGAUUGCAAUUGUAGUUUUUUCUCCGGCUGAUAAGGCAUUCUCUUUUGGUCAUCCUGAAGUUGAGGCUAUCGUGGAUCGCUAUUUUACUCGUAAUCCUCCACAAGAAUCUAGCGCGCACCAACUUGUUGAGGUUCAUAGAAAUGCUAAUGUUCGCGAUCUCAACAUCCAAUUGACUCAACUUCUUAACCAUUUGGAAAUUGAAAAGAAACAAGGGGAAGAGAUUGAGCACAUUAGGAAAGAUAGACAAAAGAAAUUUUGGUGGGAGAGCCCUAUUGAUGAGCUUGGCUUGAAUGAAUUGAUCCAAUUAAAGGGUUCUAUUGAGGAGUUGAAACAAAACAUAGGAAAAUUUGCUAACAAAUGCAUGAUGGAACAAGCUAAUGUUUUUUCACCAAAUGUUGGAGCUAAUGGAUUUGGACGUUAUGAUUCCCUUGAUAACAAAUUUGGAGUUGGGAUUAAUAUUGCUCCACCACUUUCUAAUGGCUAUUAUCUUAAUUUUCGCAAUGGGUAUCUUUGA